AAAAAUAAAAUAAAAUAACAGAUUGAAAAGCGCUUCUGCGUGCGUGGAAAUGCAAAGAAUCCAGUUUUCCUUUGCCACGUGUCCAAAUCAGUGCUACUCUGAAUUUUUUUUCAUCGCUGUAUGCAUCUGUGACUUGCCGCAGACUCAGAUCAACCGGUUUUCCAUAUCUUCAACUUCCAAAACUCUUCACGAUUCAGAUCAACACUAUUUCUCUUUUUUUUUUUUUUCAGAAAUAAUUAUUCAAUGCCAAAUGUCACGUUAUUUUCUCUUUUUCUCCUCUUCCUCUCUCUUUCACUGCACCUUGCUCUCUCCAAACCACGGUCUCCCUCUCCAUCUCCGUCACCGUCCGUCCACGCUCCGAAACCUUCCCCCGCCAGCUCACCUCUAGGUUCACCGUCGCCUUCGCGGAGUCCCGGCUCCGCUCCGGCGCCUUCGCCGGGAAUUUCUCAGGGGGACAAUAUCCACGCCGACGAGGAUGAAAGAGCAGAAAAUUCUUCAAGAGGAGGAUUAAGUUGGAGCAAGAAGGCGGGAUUAGGGAUUGGAGUAAUUGUGGCGGCGAGCGUGUUAAUAUUGGCGGGAAUGGUGUACAAGAAGCGGAAGCAGAAUAUACGGCGCUCUCGGUAUGCAUACGCCGUAAGGAGAGAAUUUCUCUGAACGCAUUCUUCCUCUAUAUGCUUGUUUUCUUCAUAUGUUAAACAUAAUUUCUAGAUUCUUUUAAUUUGCUUUCAUCCAUCACCAUUGCCAAGCAUUUCUAUCUUCCUAAAAACAUGUUCGUCAUCAUUUUCAUUUUGCA